AGGGUCCGCCAGAUAAGACACACACAAGAAGCCGCAUGCCAACUUAUCAGCCAAUGCUAUUAGCGAUACAUGCCAGGGAAAGGUAGUCUUUCAAGAGAGAGGUUUGUGAAACACAUUUAACCGAAUUAAAACAAUUAAAUUGGCAGAACUGAUCAUGGCUAAUACACUGGACGAUCUCAGAGGGAAGAGACACUUUGAUUAUAUUGUCAUAGGCUGUGGUGGGAUCGGUAGUGGCGCUGUUUACUGGCUGUCAAAGAGAGUUGGCAAAAAUGUAUUGGGUCUGGAGAAAUUUAAUCUUGGUCAUGAAAAUGGUGGAUCGCAAGAUGUUUCAAGAAUCAUACGACUGACUUAUCCUUAUGAUCGCUAUUUGAAGUUGACGCCAGACACUUUUAAGACGUGGGAAACAGUAGAGCAAGAGUCCGGCAUUCAGCUCGUCUACAAGCCUGGCGGACUGACCAUUUCAGAGAAAGGGAAGACUGACCACAUCCUAACUGAAUACGAGGAGGCCAUGAGACGUCACGGCAUACCCUAUCAGAAGUGGAACCACAGACAGUUGAUGGAGCAUUAUCCCCAGUUUACUGUAGGUCCGGAGGUUGAAGCUCUCUUCCAGAAGGAUGCCGGGAUAGUUGAUGCUGCCAUGGGCAACUCUCUCCACAUUCAGCUCGCCCAAGGCAACGGUGCAACAGUUUUGGACAACUGUCCAGUCAACAAGAUAACUAGAACAUCCAGCGGUUUGAUAGAAGUGAGUACUCCACUGGCUAAUUUUACAUGUAAGAAGGUCAUCGUGGCCGCAGGAGCCUGGAUCAAUAGCGUGUUGAGUCACGUGGGGUGUCACGUGCCAGUUUACGUCACGCAAGAGAAUGUCACCUACUUUGGAUCACCGCAUGUGAAAGAAUUCACAAAGGAUAGGUUCCCUAUGUUUAUCUAUCAUGAACCAGGCAAUGAUAUUUACGCACUUCCGGUUCAUGGUAUCAGUGGGACAAAGAUUGGUAUCGAUGCUGCUGGUCCUGUGGUGACCGGCGACACAAGAACAUGGGUUCCAGAUCCCGCGCGGCUUGAAAGAGCCAAACGUUUCCUGAGCAAAACACUACCAAAGUUCUUGGGCCCUGUCAUCAAGACAAAGACCUGCUUGUACACUAUGACACCAGACCGAGACUUCCUCAUUGAUAACUGCGCUAAAUCUGGCUAUCCCGAAGUCAUCGUCUGCUGCGGAGCUGGACACGCCUACAAGUUUGCCAGCUUGCUGGGAAAGAUACUGAGUGAACUUGCUGUAGAUGGCGCUUCUCAAUACGACAUCUCCGAGUUCUCGUGGAACAGGGAGGCUCUCGUCAACCCCAACUUUAAACCUGCCUUUGUAAUGGGAGCUGAUAAAAGUAAACUCUAGAGAACGAGCCUUGAUAUCGUGGAAACAGGAAGCAGUAACAAGUCUGUACACGCUGAAUGCGUCCUCACAUUAUAGCCUCAGCAUACUUGCUAUUGUCUAAAUAUUAUUGCUGAUGUCAUGUCAUUGUCUUGCUACUAAAGAAUUCAACUAAAGGGCAGUAAUUUCGUCCAGACUAAAUUAAUAAAAGAAUAAAAAAAA